GCCCCAUGUGCUUGCUGCUAGAUGAAAUGUUUGCUGCUGUGAACCCCCAAGGGUGACGUUGAGGGUUCGCGGUGGCGUCCGCAUCAGCCCAAGAACCGCAGGGCCGCGAGCAGGCAUGAGUGCGUUCUAAUGCGGUGAAUGACUGGUGCUGGUGUGCUGAUCAAUUGUGCUACCAGACCCCAACCUCUCUCCAUUCCUAUUUCUCUGCAAAACGAAAUGCCCGAAGCACCGCCGACGUAAGCAAAAAGCAGAUCCAAGAGAGAACCCGACCAGCAACCCACUGCACGAGUCAUCCUAGUGCCGUACAGCCUUUGUGCCUCCCCGUCCCUGUCCGAGCAGCCAGCUUCCAACCCCCCGGCAAGCUCGGGAAUCGCGCUUCGGCUUCCCUUCUGGUGCUGGCGCCGUCUUCCUGAAUCGUUGCAAUCGCUGGAACUAUCCAUCGUCUUCAGUCUAGUCUGUCCCCAGAAGACCCGACCCGCCGCUGCCUGUCUCGCUUCUUGCUGCUGGCCGACCUCGCCGCGUUCAGGUGCUGGAUAUGGCGCCGACCUGACCGACGGACUCACGGACUCACGGACUCUCUCGAAUGCCGAUAUCGCUGGUCCGAUCGCGCCCCUCCUCUCGAACCCGCACUCGGCCCGAGACCGAAGCCAGCGAGACGGAGAGAUAGACAGGAAAAGAGAGACAAAAAAGAGAUAGAGGUAGAGAUAGAGACGGACGGACACACACAGGCCGCUGAGCGCCGCAGAAAAUGUUCCUGCUCAUCAGCGUGCUGCUGCUCGGCGGCUUCUUCCACUACAUGUGGAAGGCCGAGGCGGCGCUGGGGGUGCCGUGGCAGCCCGACGCGGCGUCGCAGCUCUUCGCGCAGCGGCCGCUGCCGGCGCCCGUCGCUCGCACCUUUGUCGACACGUACACGCUGCCGCUGCGGGCGCGGGGCCGCGACGUUGUCGACGCCGAGGACCGGCGCUUCAAGCUCUCGUCGGUCAACUGGUACGGCGGCAGCGACGAGCUCUUCAUCCCCGGCGGGCUCGACGUGCAGCACCGCGACGUCAUCGCCCGCACCGUCCGCGCCCUCGGCUUCAACUCGGUGCGGCUCCCUUACUCGGACGAGAUGGUGAUGGCGAACCCGGCCGUGCUGCCGCACCUGCUGGCGGCGAACCCGGACCUGAUCGGGAUGCGGGCGCUCGACGUGUUCGAGGCCGUCGUGACGGCGCUGACGGACGCGGGCGUCGCCGUCAUCGUAAACAACCACAUCACCACGGCCACGUGGUGCUGCGGCGCCGACCCGUGCGACGCCGGCUGGGCAAACGACCACCUCGGCCCCAUCUGCCGCGUCUCGCAGACCGAGGAGGACUGGAUCCGCCACUGGGAGAUUGUGAUGGAGCGCUUCGUCGGCAACCCGCGCGUCGUGGGCGCCGACCUCCGCAACGAGGUGCGCGGGCUCUGGGGCACCAUGCCGUGGGACCGCUGGGCGUCGGCGGCGGAGCGGUGCGGCAACCGCCUGCUGCGCAUGAACCGCGACUGGCUCAUCGUCGUCGGCGGCACCGAGUCGGGCAACGACCUGCGCGGCGUCGAGCGCCGGCCCGUGCGGCUCGACGUCGAGGACCGAGUCGUCUACUCGGCCCACGUCUACGCCUGGUCCGGCUGGGGCUCGACCGAGGGCCGCUUCGCCCAGCGGCCCUACGCGUCCUUUGUCCGCACCAUGCGCGAGAACUGGGCCUACCUGGUCGAGCGCGACAUCGCCCCCGUCUGGGUCGGAGAGUUUGGCGCCCCGCACCUUCCCGGUGCCGGCGACGUCAACUACUGGCAGAACCUGAUGCGGUACCUCAAGGCCAUCGACGCCGACUUUGGUUACUGGGCCAUCAACCCGCGCAAGCCAAAGGACAACGGCAAGGAGACGUACUGCCUGGUCGAGGACGACUGGGUCACCCCGGUGCUGGACUAUAGGAUGAAGGAUAUGGUCGAGCUGAUGAGGGCGUAAAAUGAUAGAAGGCGGGGGAGGGUCGGCGAAUAUACACGAGAAUGAUUAUGUGAUGAAGGAGGUUCAAGUUCGAUUCAUGGUUUUCCUGCCUCACUUUCCUUUCGCGUUUUGCAUGGUUCUCGACGUACAUACACGCUUGCUGCGGUUAUACCCUACGCUCUGUCUUUGGAUACACGAUUCAUUUGUCUUGGCUCUAGAGUUUAGUUGAAAAUAUGGAAACCAUAUUUGGCCUGG